UUCCCCCAGGAGCUUCCCUUUCAUCUUUCCGCUCCUGGCGCCGGCGAACAGCCUCAGCUCGUCUGCAAAGUCUCUCUGCUCUCCCCUCCCGGCUUCCCCUCUCCCCGCCUCUGCCCUCCUCUCCCUCCCUCCUCAAUCCUCCUCCUAUUCCCAGCCCUUCCAGGGAACUGGAUGAGGACUUCCCAACAGUUGGGUUCCCUGCCCCAGGAGAACAGGGUGCAUAAGGGGAAGGGAGAGAACUUGAAAAGAACUGAGGCCGCUCAGACCCAGUUAAGGUCUGAAAUCAGAGGAUCUGGAGCUUGAGGGAACUUUACAGAUCAAGGAGUUCUUAACUUUUUCUGUAUUGAGAAUCCUUUAGAUAGUCUGGUGAAGCCUUUGAGUUACCUCUUAGAUUAUUCUUUUUAAAUGCAAAAGAUAAAAACAUAGGAUUAUAAAGGAAAUUAAUUAUGCCGAAAUAUAGUUAGUAAAAUGUUUUUAAAAGAAAAAAAAAAAAAAAACAACAACCCACAAAUCGAUUGCCCUAGGUUAAGAACCUUUGUUCUAGUUAGAUAGAAAGACAAGACCGAAAGGGAAAGUGAUUUUUUCCAAGUUUAGAGACGGUGGGGCCUGGUCACAAAUCUGAGAUCCACUUCCACAAGUAGCAAAAUGAAGUGGAAAGAAGCCUGGACAUGGAUGUCAGACAAGCCACUCUGACAAGCCAAUCAGAAGAGAUCUACCAUUACGUCAUGUCAGCGGCCCCCUGGGAUUGGCUACACCGGCUUUAUUCACCUUCCCAGAGGAGGAAAAGACAACAACCUUACUCCCCCCGUUUCCUCCCCCCCCAAAAAAGUUGAGUAGCAGCUGCAGGGUUGGUAGUAGAGUCUGUGCAUCCGGAGCUGCAGUGGGGCCGAGAGGGAGCGAACUGCGGUAACAGCGGCGCGCACAGAGGUUUUCUGCGCGGCCCACGGGGAAGAGCGUUCCACCUUAGGGUGCUUGGAGUCAUGGCUUCUCCUUCCAAAGCGAAGGAGGUUUUCUCCUCAGAUGAAGAGGGUCCCGCGGCACCGCCGGCAGGAGUCGCAGACUUGGGCUCGGAGGAUCGCAGGGUCAAAGUAUCUAGCCUGCCCUUCAGUGUGGAGGCACUCAUGUCUGACAAAAAGCCUCCCAAAGAGAUGUCUUCCAUGCCAGGGGGAGGCGGAGGCAUUGGCGGCGGCGGGAGCAGCGAAGGCACCUCCAGGACCAUGCUGCUGCCGGGGCACGGUGCCAGGGAAGCUCACAGCCCCGGGCUGCUUACAAAAACCUUUGAGACGUCCUCGGUCAAGUCGGAGAACUCGGAGGACGGGACGUCCUGGAUUCAGGAGGCUGGCAGAUACUCCCCACCUCCAAGACACUUGAGUCCUACAACCUGUACCCUUCGGAAGCACAAGACAAAUCGCAAGCCCAGGACUCCCUUUACCACAUCGCAACUUCUGGCCCUAGAACGAAAAUUCCGCCAGAAACAGUACCUCUCCAUUGCCGAACGGGCUGAGUUUUCCAGCUCACUGAACCUCACAGAGACACAGGUCAAAAUCUGGUUCCAGAACCGCAGGGCCAAGGCCAAGAGACUGCAGGAAGCAGAACUGGAAAAGCUGAAAAUGGCAGCCAAACCUAUGUUACCCUCGGGCUUCAGCCUUCCUUUCCCCAUCAACUCUCCCCUCCAAGCGGCUUCCAUAUAUGGACCAUCAUAUCCUUUUCACAGACCUGUGCUCCCUAUUCCACCUGUGGGACUCUAUGCUACUCCUGUUGGAUAUAGCAUGUAUCAUUUAUCUUAAGGAAGAUCUUCCAGCAAAGGAAUAGUUAAAUAGACUUCAUGAUGGAUGUGUUUGUUUUAUUUUUUUUUUUUUCUUUUCUCAUCCAAGAGUACAGUACCAAACCAGUCCUGGAUCACUUUUUCCUUUUGCUGCAUAUUUUAAGAGCACCAUGCCAACCACUUAGGUGUUCACAGAGCAGAGCAGAUCUCUUCUUGCUCUUUAGCCUGGGACAUCAAACCCUAUUUGUCAGCAUCACCUGAGGAUAUCCCCUCCAUUUUCAUAAAAACUGAUCCUGAAGGCUUUUUAUAUAUAAAUAUAUAAUAAAGUAUAAUACAUUUUUAUACUGCA